GAGUGAGCUCGAGUGCUCUGCUUCCACGAGGGAGAGAAAAGCAGCUGCUGAAAGUACAAGCUGGCAGGAUCAUGACAGACCCAAGUGGCAGAAAGGAAGCAUUUAAAAAAUGCCGGAGUGCUACAUUCAGUAUUGAUGGCUAUAACUUUACAAUUGUUGCAAAUGAGACAGGUGAUAAACAUCCACAACCACUUUUACAAUUUGCCCGUUUUCAGGCUUAUUCCCAAACUGUGGUCAUGCAAAGGGUCUAAAUCACAAAAUUGCUUGUGUAACACCAUUAUUGGUGGGUUGACCAGCAAUCUUAAGGAAAGGCCAAAGCUGACCAUUAACAAUGACCCUAGACCUCCUGAAGAAAUUUUAGCAGAUGAACUACCGCCAGUGGACAGUCCUGAGGCAUUGGUGAAAACAUCUUUCAGGACCCUACCCGGAGUACUGUGUUGAACCCUGGAAUUCUCAAGCACAGGAAGCAGAUGGACCUGUUGGAACAGGCCCAGAGAAGGGUCACAAAAAUGAUCAGAGGGGUGGAGCACCUCUCUUAUGAGGAAAGACUGAAAGAGAUGGAGUUGUUCAGCCUGGAGAAGAGGAAGCUCUGGGGAG